AUGACACCCUCCUCCAGCGAUGGUAGCACAAAUUCUUCCCUUACUCAGGAAGUAACACACCAAGCUGAAAGGAAAAAAUCCGACGCCGCAAUAGCGGAGACAUACGAGCGGGACAACGAGGCCGCUUCACUUCGCCGACGAGAACCAUGGCACCGUCGCUUGGAACAGAGGCUGGAAUCUCGUUCCCCUAGGGUAUACAGGAUAUUCCAGUUCUGGAGAGGACCACGGCCUAAAGUAGAUCUUCCAGCGCCCUCGCCGUUUCUCGAUAUCGAUGUGGUGGUCAAAGGACAUCAUAUCAAGCUACCCAUUGAAUCAUCGUGGACCCGUAUAACCCGCCCCCUCAGGAAUCCAUGGCUCUUCGCCCUCCUUGUCGCCGCGUACAUCAUUGGCUUCGCUCUAUUGACGCGACAGCAGUGGUUCCUUACACCUGCAUCGUCGUUCAUUGGAUGCACGGCCACCUAUUGGACCGCCAAUGAUGGAUGCGGUCUCAACGGCGACUUGUGCGGGCCAUUUGACGAUGGCUCGACCUUCGAUUUUCGGUGCCCGGCGCAGUGCGCUGACGUUAUCUUGCAGAACCCCAGGACGAUCGGCAAUCAGCAGAUGACCUUGGUGCCUUUGAUCGUGGGCGGCGGCGAUGAUAAUGGGACGUAUCGAGGGGAUAGCUUCAUUUGCUCUGCGGCGACCCAAGCCGGGCUCAUUUCGCAUAAUAAAGGCGGUUGCGCUAGCUUGCAGCUCUUGUCCAACUUUACGGACUUCUUACCGUUCUCUGCCAACGGCCUCAAUUCCGUUGGCUUCCCAACCGUAUUUCCCAUCGGUUUUCGGUUUAUUGGUGGUGCAAACCACAAUUCACAAUGCGAAGACAUCCGCGACCCGGUCCUUGCUUUCAAUGUAAUCAUUACCUGCCUUCUCUUCCUACUUCUCCGACCCAAACCUAUCAUCCUAUAUUGGUGCCUCGUUUGCAUAGGCUUUUGGCAUGUCGUCCUCUUUUCACAACCACACGGCCCACCACCCGCACUCGACACUGCUUUCAGCACAUUCCUACCAACUCUCUUCGUCGCGUAUGCAUUCUGGAGACUGGCCUUCCGCUUCGUUCUCCCUGUCUUUCUCCAGAAAGCACCCAUCGAGGCCAUGGUUUGGUAUCUCGGCCCCUUCUGGGUUACUGUUCUGACAAAUGUUACCAUGGGCAAGAUCCCCAUUAACCGUCUCUACGCUGCCGAUCUCCAACGAAACGGUGCUAUCACUGCGCUCGUCAUCAUAAUCGUAAUUGUCCUCAUCCUCGCGUUGAACCAAGUUCGCGUCGUUCGCAAGACCGGCUGGCUACCAUACUAUCUCGGGUGGUACAUAAUCGGAGGACUGAUCCUUCUGGUUCUCUCCCAACUGCCGGGAUUGGAACUGCGCCUGCACCACUACAUCAUCGGCAUAAUACUGAUGCCUGUUUCUGCGUUCCCCACUCGAUUGUCCGCAAUGUAUCAGGGCUUCCUGUUGGGCUUAUUUUUGAACGGAGUGGCCGCGUUCGGCUUCGACUCUAUACUACAGACUGCGGAAGAUCUGCGGCAGGAUGCUCCCCUGGGGUCGGAUCUACCAACCUUCCUCACUAAUAUGACUAGCUUCAACGCAUCGAUACCAUUCAUUAAUCAGACCAUUUCUUGGGACGUGUUGCCCGAGGGAUGGGACUCAUUUUCGCUACUUGUAGAUGAUGUUGAGCGUUACGCGGGCACCGCGCUCAACUACUCUCUCGCAGCCCUCGAGCCUAGCCUGCCGCAUUUCUUCCGACUUGCUCUACGCUCGGGAGAUUCGACCGGAGACUUCACAAUGCCCGCUACAUUGUGGCCAAAUGGAACCUGGGUUGAUCCUCUGCCAGGACCGUCAUAG